GCUGCCGACGACAACCGAGGCGUGCAGGUAGAGCUAGGAAGCUAUGUCAACUUGCUCCGUCUGUCUGCACAAAGAUAUCGGCUGAGACUUCUUUCAAUUGAAGUUUCCUCUGCAUUCUGAUUGAUAAACCCAAGAAAUGUCGACCCUCAGCCGAACCGUCCGGAGGAACAUCUCCAACGUAUCUCGCCAGAGACCCACAGCUUCGACCUAUACACGAACAACACGUCCUGUAGCCUUGCAGCAAUUUGUGUCUAAGACUACACCUGCAACCCACUCUCAACGAGCAUCUUUUACUGCCAUGGCCUCUCUCAAGUCCUCCGCUACCGAGUCCAGCCCCGUGCCGGCGAACAAGUUUGAUCCUGAGAUCGCUGAUAUCGCCAGCUACGUACAUAACACAAAAAUUGACUCGGCUCUAGCUUACGAUACAGCAAGCUACAUUCUGAGCGACACUCUGGGCUGUGGUCUGAAGGCCCUCGAAUUCCCUCAAUGCAAGAAACUCUUGGGUCCAGUUGUUGAGGGCACAGUCGUGCCCAACGGAACACGCGUUCCAGGUACUCCGCAUCAAGUUGAUCCUGUUUUGGGCGCUUUCAACAUUGGUGCUAUGAUCCGAUGGCUCGACUUCAACGACUGCUGGCUUGCCGCUGAGUGGGGUCACCCUUCAGACAACCUGGGUGCAAUUCUGUCGGUUGCAGACUGGAUAUCACGGACAAAUCGUGCCGGGGGCAAGCUAGGAAAUGGCAAGGUCCUGAAAGUCAAGGAUGUACUAGAAGCCAUGAUUCGCGCCCAUGAGAUUCAGGGGUGUUUAGCUUUGGAAAAUUCGUUCAACAAGGUCGGCCUGGACCACGUUGUCUUGGUCAAAGUUGCAUCAACGGCUGUUGUAGCUAAGAUGAUGGGGCUCACUGAAGGUCAGACUCGCGAUGCAGUGUCUCAAGCUUGGGUCGAUGGACAAUCGAUGCGAACUUACCGCCACUCCCCCAACACCAUGUCCCGAAAAUCGUGGGCUGCUGGUGAUGCCUGCGAGAAGGCCGUCAAUCUCGUAUUGAAAGUGCAGAAGGGUGAGGGCGGGCUGCCGACGGUGUUGUCUACUCCCACGUGGGGCUUCUACGAUGUCAACUUCGGUGGCAAACCCUUCAAGUUCCAAAGAGAGUACGGCAGUUACAUUAUGGAAAACGUCCUCUUCAAAGUGUCAUAUCCAGCUGAAUUUCAUUCACAGACCGCCAUCGAGGCCGCGCAGCGUCUUAAUAAGAAGAUUGCGGCCUUGGGUAAGACUGCUGCCGACAUCGAAGAAGUCACAAAUCGCACUCACGAAGCUUGCAUUCGAAUUAUCGACAAGCAGUUCAAGCCUAUGGACAACUUUGCUGAUCGUGAUCACUGCGUUCAGUACAUGGUUGCCGUCAUGUUUGUUUUCAAUCGCCUCGAAGCGACGGAUUACAGCGAUGGCGGUGAGGCCGCCACCUCCGAGCUCGUGGAGUCUUUGAGACAGCGUAUCAAGUGUGUUGAGGACCCUAAGUUCACUGCAGACUAUCACGACCCUGAGAAGCGAUUCAUCUCAAACGCUCUGACUGUCAAGCUAAAGGAUGGCACCGUUCUCGAGGAGGAAGUAGUGGAGGCGCCUCUGGGGCAUAAAGUCAGACGUGACGAGGCUAAGCCCCAUAUUCUUGCCAAGUUUGAGCGACACAUCGGACCACACCUUGCAGAAUCUCGGGUGAAGGAGCUGGUAGAUUUGGCAAAGGACCCCAAGGCAUUGGAGAGCAUGGACGUGGACAAGUAUGUUGACUUGUACGUGACGGAGGCAUAAGUGUUUUAGCCAGGUGCAAGAUGUAGACUACCAAUGAGUGUCACUGUGUCAUCCUGACCAAGAUGGAAAAAAUACUGAGGACCCAUCUACAGAACUACCUAGACAUAGCCAUAUUCUGAUUGGCUGGAAUUAACUGUUUCGAAAA